GGGAGUGGUUAGAGGAGAGGGAGGGAAAAUGGAGAGCACUGCCUCCCUCUCCGUUGCCACGGCAACUUGAUGUCACGGUGACAUCACACACCACUAAAAGCUUUUAACCGGAUUCCUCUCCCGCCUUAGGCCCCAUUUUGAGUCCUCUUUCAGCGAGGCUAGGGGGAAGGGCACAGGCAGGACGGUGUGUGUGCCUGCUCGCAUGUAUCACUCUCCCACUGCAGAUUCAACACAGCUCCUAGCUCAGUAAAAAGACUUUCAAAUUCAAACCACUAAAGAUCCUGUUUCUGCAAACACAGCCAGCACAGGCCAUUUUUAAAAAGAAAAAAUGGCAUCAGAGGACGGUUUCAGCUACUUAAUGGCAGGUCACAGUGAGAAACACAGGCGGGCCCCGAACUGGACCGACGGCGAAAUGAAAGCCCUCCUGUACGUGUGGGAGGAACACCACCCCGAGCUGAAAAUGAGCAAGAGGAACGCAAAGGUUUACGAGAAGAUGUCCCAGAGGUUUUUCCAGCUGACGGGUGAGCAGCGUUUCAAAGAGGAGAUCAAGAUGAAAAUCACCAACAUGUCAUUUCAGUACAGGAGACUGAAAGUCGUAGCCGGUGAAAGCGGGGAGACGCCGGACUGGCCGUAUUAUAAGGCCAUCGAGAAGAUCCUCUCUAAGCCGCUGGAGAACGGGCGGGUGAACUCUUUGGAGUUCCAGGCCUCCUCCGCUGCAGGUCCCUCCACUUCCUUCCAGUCUACAGACAACCUGGUGCCCGCGUCAGAGGAGGGGGUGAUGGGAUUCCUGCCAGAGUACACGGGCUCCUCAGAUGAGAUGGAGAUCAAACAAGAGCUGGACUCUCUGAGCUCUGACAGUGAGCACACACAGGGCUCCAGCUCUCACCCUACUUCAGGCAGGAAAAGACAUGCCAACAAGCACUUGUCCAUGAAGAGAAAGAAACUGCGGGUGAUGCAGGCCAUGCUACAGCAACAAAAGAGGUCGAGCCGGGCCAUAGAGGAGACUUGCAGGGAGGUCCGUAGAGCCAUGCACCAACAGAAUCUCCUCCAGGUGCAGUGUCUGCAGCUGCAGGAACGUAUGAUGAACCUCCUGGAGAAGAUGAUCCAGACACCCUCUAGCACGUCAGCAUCAUGGGGUCAGAGCGGGGUCAAAGACCCAGUGAAGCAUGAUGUGUGAGGGUUAUGGUUGUCUGGGAGAGAUCAUGGUCUUGCCUCACCUAUAGCCUUGUUAAAGCAAGAAUAAAGUAUAUUUAUUUUGGA